UGCGCACAACAGAGCAGCCAAUCGCAGCGCACAGCACACGAAGCCAAGCGCUACGCCAGCGCUGAUUGGCUGUCGCCGCCCGUAUUGGCUGUGCAUUCGCUGCCCAUUGGAUGCCAACACUGUUUGUCAACACAGACUGUCUGUGUGUUUGUCAUAGCGUUUAGUGUUUGCGAACCACUCUGUCAGCCAAUGGGAGCGGAAGCGAGUCUUUUCAAGAAGUUGGCCAUCGAUUCGGAGGUGGAGUACAAAUGCAAAGACUAUUCACUUCUGAACGCAAAACACGAUUCCAACAAAUUCUCGGUCUUUCUCUUCAAUGACAACAACUUCUCGUUUGAUAUUGCGAACUGGAAGACGAUUCGCCACCCGUUUAUCGUCAAGUACUACGACUGCGGCCUCUUUCGGGGCCGUAAGUGUGUGGUCACCGAAUGGGUCACUCCUAUCACACCACUGGUCGACCGCAUGAAC